AUGCGCAAGAUCGCCUCUCGCCGAGGGCGAGAACAACAGCAAGAGGGCAGGAGGGCAGGAGGGCAGGAGGGAGAGCCGCAGCAGAAGCAGCAAGCAGCCUUCGACCCUCGUCGAAGACGAGACGGCCACGCGCGCGGCGGAUCCGACACCCGGGGAGGUCGACAACGACCCGGGGGUACGACACGGGAUUCGGCGGCAGGGACGACCCCGCCAGCGCCGGGACGCCGACCGCAUGAUGCGGAGAGGGGGCUGGGCUACAUGUUCGCCAUGGCGGCUGCCCGCUGGAGGUACCCGCUCGCACCGGGCAGGCCGGCCUGUACACGCCCUACACUACACCGGGCAGAGCGGCGAGGAACGGGCCAGACUCUGCAUCUUCAGCCAGCAGUGCUACGACCGGUACGGACCGAGCUGGCCGCAGGGCGAGAAGCAGAUCGGGGAGCAGCAGCCUUGGUUCGCCCUGAAGGCGAUCCAGGAGCUCGCGGACAUCGUGGCCGGCCUGAACCACGCGGUCCCGCCGCUCGUCAAUGUGCUGCAGGUCCAGACCGGGCACACGUGCUGUCCCACGAGGCUAGCCUUGAUAGCCGGGUACUGUACGGGGAGAGUGGCGGCAUGAUUGACGGGCAUCCGGUCCUCGACCUGGACGAAAUCAAAAACCAGUGCGAGCAGAGAAGGGAGGGGAGGGCGGGCUGGAACAUUCGCUUUGGGCUAUGA